AUGGAUGUCAAGAGCAAUGAUUCUGAAGACUGGAUGCCUAUGGCACGAAAUUGGGGUGCUAACUGGCACUCGUUGGCGAACCUUAGCGGAAAGAUGCUCUCCUUCAGACUAACCAACACUGAUGGACACACGCUUGUGUUCAACGACAUUGUGCCAAAGGGGUGGACCUUUGGGCAAUCAUUUGUUAGCAAAUUGCAAUUCUAG